AGGAUCGACCUACCUAUGACGUACUCCCGACACUCGAUAAAAAAAGUGCGGUCAUGUACAGACAUCUCUGAUGGAGCGAUCGGCGUGAUAGCAACCAGGGCGACUGAGGCUGCCUACAACCGAGCCUGCAUGCAUACCCUGUUUAGCCAAAAAUAUGACUGCGUCACAAAUUGUUGCUUCAAAAGAGAAAGAAAGAUGGAAAAUAUAGAUGCAAUGAUGAUGUCAACAAAUGAGAAAACAUUCCAGUAUCAGAAUGAACUUCCAUCUUUGCCUGUGCCACCACUAGAACAGACAAUCCGCAAAUACCUUGACUCAGUAAAACCAUUCUUGACAAAUGAAGAGUACCAAGCAACAGAACAUCUGUGUUGGAAGUUUGCCCAUGGUGAGGGGCAAUUUCUUCAUGAUAAAUUGGUGUUGAGAUCUAAGCAGCGUAGAAAUUGGCUACAGGAAUGGUGGGAAGACAGUUACUUUGAAACUCGGCUGCCUGCACCACUGAUGAACAUGUUUGGACCAGGCCCUUAUAUUUAUGAUAUUUGGAAACCAGAAACAGGGACGCAGAUUCCUAGGACUGCCAUGUUGCUUUUCUUCACCCUGCAAUUCUGGCAGUCGAUUCGCAGAGAGCAGUUAAAGCCUCAAAAGGAUGGAAAAGGAACACCACUUUGUAUGGAGCAGUUUCAUCGUCUGUUCAAUACAUGCAAAAUUCCUGGUGUUCUUAAGGAUCAUCUUGUUGAGCAUUUUCACUCAGAGCUGGAAGGUGCAUGCCCAAGCCAUGUGGUGGUGAUGUGCAAGGGUCAUGUCUUCAGUUUUCAGUGUCUAGAUGAUCAAAAUAACUUGUUGACUGUCCCUGAGCUUCAGGCACAAUUACAAAAGAUCAUUGACAGGGCAGCAUUACUGCCAGAGGCUUCUGGCAUGCAUUAUUUCACUGCUUUAGAACGUACUUCAUGGGCAGAGGUACGGAGCCACCUGCUUGCACUACACCCUGAAAACUUUCAUACUUUAGAAAAGAUUGAGGAGUGCAUUCUUGUAAUGGGACUUGAUGAUGAUAGCCCAUCCAAUGCAGAUGAUCUGUCAUUGAAAGCACUUUUUGGUAAUCCUUUGAACAAAUGGCUUGAUAAGACAUUGAACUUCAUCUCCUUCAAGAAUGGAACAUUUGCCACAACUUGUGAUCAUUCACCGAUUGAUGGCAUGAUGCUGGUCUUCUGUACAUAUUAUGUCCACUGCAAAAUUCUGGAAUGUAAAGGACAGUGGAAGGGAUCUCGGAGAGUGCGCAGUAUCCCUGAACCAGAAUAUCUUCAUUUUCAUCUUGACAACAAUCUGUGUGACAGAAUACCCGAGGCAAAAGAGAACUAUACCAAACUGAGCCAGAGUGUGGAGGUGAAGUGGCACGCUUCUUUGACUAUGGCAAAAACUAUCCCAAGUCUCAAAUAUCACCCUGAUACUCAUGUUCAGCUAGCUCUACAGCUUGCAUAUUAUCGAAUGCAUGGCAAGUUUGCUCCAACUUAUGAGAGCACAACACGUCGGUUUUAUCAUGCUCGUACAGAAACUGUUCGAUCAUGCACUUCUGAAGCUUGCAUAUGGUGCCAGACCAUGGAAGAUCAUCACUCAAAGGAUGUGGACAGGUUGAAGCUGUUUAAGUCUGCUGUUGUGAAACAUAAUCAGCUCAUGCAGGAAGCAACAGCACUAGAAGGUUGUGAUAGACAUCUGUAUGGCUUGGCAAUGAUAGCACGAGAAGAAGGUUUAGAGACCCCCCAAAUAUUUGUUGAUCCAGCAUUUUCCAGAAGUGGAGGUGGAGGUAACUUCAUCCUUUCAACAAGUUGCAUUGGCUACACGACAGUGUGCGGUGGGGUUGCUCCGAUGUGUCCACAUGGCUAUGGAGUAUUUUACUGCAUUCAAGAAGACAGAUUAACUUUCCUGAUAACAUCAUGGACAGCAGACAAGGAUACCAGCGCCAUAAGGCUUGCAGAACAGAUAUGCCAGGCCUUAAGAGAUAUGAAAAUGCUUCUUGAACAAAAGCCUGUGUCAAAUUCACAUCUAUAACUGAUGUGGAUCUCAGAGACCAGCAGAAGGCUUAAAAUGGCUGAUUGACAUUCAAUAUUUUAUAUUUUUUAUUUUAUUGAACUUGUUUUACUUUGGUCAAGUGGUUUUGCAUGCAUUAUCUGCUUUUCUAGACUUUCAGUAAAUGCACUAUCUUCCUAAAGAUCAUCCAGGCUUGUCAUUCAUAAACCUAUUGAUUAUAGUGUGUAAAAAAAGUUAUAAACUUUCAGUCUGCUCUAUUGUAUAUUAUCAAUUAAUUGUAGCUUAUCAUUUAAACCAUUUAUCUAAAAUAAGACUGCUUAGAAAAUGUGAGAAACCACAUUGUUUAUCAAAUAUUUUAUCUAAAUGUUAAGCACUUUAUGUAGAUUGCACCAAAGCAUCAUCAUGAGCUGUUGAUGUCACAUCCAUAUUAUGUUUAUACACACACAUA